UUACUUUUUAGCCCCUCCCUGCUCCAAGGGUAGAAUCGGCCUCUCUCUCAUUCUCUUUCUCUCUCCACGAUACUCUCGACGACGACGAUCAGGAUCAAUGAACGCCGCCGUAUCGUCCGAUUUUCCUGAUGUCCAGAUCGUCUCAGAGAAUCCAGACGGGAGCGAUUCGGAUUCGAAUGCAGACGAUUCGUCUGAAUAUUACCAGCCAAUUUCUGCGAUCGAUGAUGAGUAUCUCUCCGAUCAAGAGGAUUCAGUCCGCGACGCGAACGAAUCGUCUGAUUUGCCGAACGGUUGUGUAAACGGAAUAGAAAAUGGAGUGAAUGAGGAGGAUGAAGGAAGUGAAGACGAAGAGGAGAUUAGAAACCGAGAGGUGGCUGAUUCUGAAAUUCGUAGAGCGUUCAGAGAGGACGAAAGCCGCCGGAACGCGCCGUUGACGGACCAAAACGCGUCUAGGGUCAUGGCUGCGAUGCAGGGAGUUUCAUUGGGAGGUUUGACUCCGGAUUGGGCGAACCGAAUCCCCGAAGAUCAAUGGAUGGACCGGCUUAGAAGACUUAGGGCUUGAGGAUAUGGACCGGAGUCGGUUCGGUUGAUUAAGGGGUAAGAAAGAAUCAAAAUCAAUUUAAUUAACUGUUUGAUUAUGUUUUAUAUAUUAUGCAUCAUCAUUGUGUGAUUUGAGGAUCAAACCGUAAUUUGUCCUUGAGCCAGCCCUAGUUUGUUUUGGAUUAUCUUUAAAAGUGUUAGUAAAUUAGUUUCCAACAUAUUUUUUUUCUUUUUUUUAACUGA